AUGGAGAAGACAUUUCUGUUCAAGCUGUCCAGGGACUUCCCCUUGUACUGCACAACUUCACCUGGCUACCCUUUGACGUCCAGCACUGUUCUCUCUCUCCUCCCCGGCCCCCUGCCACGCGAACACCUUCCUCACCGACCUGCCUUUAGCCUGAAGAAACCCUAUAAGCACUGCAUGAAAUGUGCUGCCCUCAGUGCCAUCCUCAUCUCUGUCACCCUGGUGUUCCUGUUGGCUUACUUUAUUGCCAUGCACCUCUUCGGACUCAACUGGCAUUUGCAGCCAAUGCAGAGGCAGAUAUAUCAGCUGACAGAGGACAACACGAGUGGCCUACAUCUGCCCACAGAUCUUGGCUUGCCACCUCUGGGCAACACAGGUCUCGAGUUUCCGGAUCGAGGAAGCAAAGAUGACGGUAAACUAGAUGGCUUUUUCCCGGAGGACAGCUUCAUAGACAUGGGCGAGAUAGACGUGGGCCGCAAAGUCGCUCAGCUGAUCCCGCCUGGAAUUUUCUGGAGGUCGCAGGUUUUUAUUGACCACCCCAUGUACCUCAAAUUCAAUGUGUCCCUCAGUAAAGAUGCCUUGGUGGGGAUCUAUGGGAGAAGAGGCCUACCCCCAUCACAUACGCAGUUUGACUUUGUGGAGCUGUUGGAUGGCCGUCGGCUCCUGUCGCAAGGGUUGCCAGGCCUUGAGGGUCCGCCUUUUCCAGCUCAGCAGCGAAGCCUGAUGCCACUCACCAGUCACGAUACAGGCUUUAUACAGUACAUGGACUCGGGCAUCUGGCACUUGGCUGUGUACAAUGAUGGGAAGGAGACAGAGCAGGUGUCCUUUCUCACAACUGCGAUCGAUUCUAUCGAUGACUGUCCUAGUAACUGUUUUGGAAAUGGAGAUUGUGUGGCCGGAAACUGCCACUGUUUUCCCGGCUUCAGAGGACCCGACUGCAGUAGGGCGUCCUGUCCAGUGCUUUGCAGUGGGAACGGUCAGUAUCUCAAAGGCCGCUGCAUGUGUCACAGCGGAUGGAAAGGAUCCGAAUGCGAUGUUCCCACCAACCAGUGCAUCGACAUUACCUGCAGCGGACAUGGCACAUGCAUUGUGGGAACUUGCAUCUGUAAUCCUGGCUACAAAGGGGAGAACUGCGAAGAAGUGGACUGCCUGGACCCGACCUGCUGGAGAGGUGUCUGUGUACGUGGAGAAUGCCAUUGUUUUGUAGGUUGGGGAGGUCCUGGAUGCGAGAGUCCACGUGCUUCCUGCAUGGAGCAGUGCUCUGGACACGGGACCUUUUUGGCUGAUACUAACACCUGUAACUGUGACCCCAACUGGACCGGUCAUGACUGCUCCACAGAGUUGUGUGCAGCCGACUGUGGUGGACAUGGCAUCUGCGUGGCGGGCAGCUGCCGUUGCGACGAGGGCUGGAUGGGUGCCGGGUGCGAACAACGGGCUUGUCACCCACGCUGCAGCGAGCACGGGACCUGCAAAGACGGGAAGUGUGAAUGCAGCCCGGGAUGGAACGGAGAACACUGCACUAUAGCUCACUAUCUGGAUAAGGUAGUGAAAGAGGGCUGUCCUGGUCUGUGCAAUGGCAACGGCAGAUGCACGCUGGGUAAUAAUGGCUGGUACUGCGUUUGUCAGCUGGGCUGGCGGGGAGCAGGCUGCGACACUUCAAUGGAGACAGCCUGCAGUGACGGCAAGGACAAUGACGGAGAUGGGUUGAUGGACUGCAUGGACCCGGACUGCUGUUUGCAGACAUCAUGUCACACCACCUCGCUGUGUGUGGGCUCUCCUGAUCCACUGGAUAUUAUCCAGGAGACCCAGAUCUCUUCCACUCUGAGCACCCUGCAGUCCUUCUACCAGCGUAUCCGCUUCCUGGUGGGCCGGGACAGCACCCACGUCAUCCCUGGUACCAACCCCUUUGAUGGCAUUCAUGCCUGUGUUAUCCGGGGACAAGUAGUGACUUCAGAUGGGACUCCGCUGGUCGGUGUAAAUAUCAGCUUCAUUAACAAACCAGCCUAUGGGUAUACCAUCACCAGACAGGACGGCAGCUUUGACCUGGUGAGUAACGGGGGUGUGGCUGUAGCCCUGAGGUUUGAGCGCGCUCCGUUCAUCACCCAGGAGCACACCUUAUGGUUGCCGUGGGGACGUUUCUUUGUCAUGGACAGCAUCGUGAUGAGACACGAGGUCAAUGACAUCCCCAGCUGUGACCUGAGCAGCUUCACCCGUCCCAUGCCCAUUGUCCUGCCUGCCCCGCUGACGGCGUUCGCUGGGACCUGCGUCGAGAGGGGCAACAUUGUUCCAGAGAUUCAGACCCUCCAGGAGGAUGUGCGGAUCCCAGGUACAGAUGUGCUUUUGAGUUACCUGAGCAGCCGGACAUCCGGGUACAAGUCCCUCCUGCGCAUCACCCUGACCCAUUCCACCAUCCCGUUCAGCCUGAUGAAGGUGCACCUCAUGGUGGCCGUCGAAGGAAGGCUCUUCAGGAAGUGGUUCUCCGCUGCACCCAACCUCUCCUACGACUUUGUCUGGGAUAAGGCAGAUGUCUACAGCCAGAAAGUUUAUGGACUGUCUGAGGCUUUCGUGUCUGUGGGCUUCGAGUACGAAUCCUGUCCGGAUCUCAUCCUCUGGGAGAAACGAACGGCCGUCCUGCAAGGAUAUGAAACCACUGCGUCCAACCUGGGUGGCUGCGUGGACAAACAUCAUGCUCUGAAUAUCCAAAGUGGUAUCCUGCACAAGGGUAACGGCGAGAACAUAUUCAUUUCCCAGCAGCCCCCUGUCAUCGGAAGCAUCAUGGGUAAUGGAAGGCGCAGUAUCUCCUGUCCAAGCUGCAACGGGCUGGCGGACGGAAAUAAGCUGCUCGCACCUGUAGCUUUAGCCUGUGGGUCAGAUGGUAGUCUGUAUGUGGGGGAUUUCAACUACGUCCGUCGGAUCUUCACCACGGGAAAUGUCACGAGUGUCUUAGAGCUCAGAAAUAAAGAUUUCAGACAUAGCAAUAGUCCUGCGCACAAGUAUUACCUGGCUACUAGUCCCGUUUCGGGGGCCCUGUACCUUUCAGACACCAGCAGCAGGAAGGUGUUUAAAGUAAAAUCUCUGAACACAGUGAAGGAUGUGGCAAAGAAUCUAGAGCUGAUUGCUGGCACAGGCGAUCAGUGUCUACCCUAUGAUGAGGCAGCGCUGCGAGGGGAUGGAGGCAAGGCUGUGGAGGCCACACUUACCAACCCUAGAGGCAUUACUGUGGAUAAGUAUGGCGUGAUCCUCUUUGUAGACGGCACCAUGAUCCGCCGCAUCGAUCAGAACGGUAUCAUUUCCACGCUGCUGGGCUUCAACGACUUGACCUCAGCACGACCCCUGAGCUGUGACUCAGUGAUGGACAUCUCACAGCAUAGUCGUCAUGUCAGCCUUAGCGAGGGUGAAGGGUUACAGCUGACAUCUCUUCAGGGCAGGUCGGGGGUCAUUGUGUUCCCUUGGGUCGUGGUAACCCAGAUGCUGCCUACAGCUGCAGGCCUGCGAAACCCAGUUUCAAGCUGA